GAAUAUCGAAAAAUAACUGAACGUGACAUUUGUAAUAUCAAUUAACAAACCAACUUACGAUAAUGUAUAUGGACCCACAACUCUUGAUCUCAACUUGCCUAGUUGCUUGUUGAUCUUAUUUUGGUGGUAACAGCAAACAAACACAGCCUAAUCCUAAUCAGAUUAGUUGUGAAAGAAAAGGAAAAUAAAAUCCUGCUCAGUUGCUUUUCUUCUUCUGCCGACUACUUCGCUUUCUUUGUUUUUCGUCCCUUUUGUAGCGUGUGGGACUUUCUAUAUCGUCUUCUUCCCACAUCCCCUUUCACUCUCUCUUCCCUGUCUCUGUCGCCGGGAAGCCAUGGCUUCUCUCUUCAGAGACCUCUCCUUAGGCCAAUCAUGGAGGGAGUCCACUCCUUCUCCGCCGCCAAAGCUCCAAAUCCAGCCCCCGCCGCCGAUAAUGUCCGUCAGGCCAGUCGCCGCCGAUCUAGAGUGCCCACUCGGCCAGCUCGCCUCCCACCUCCCCGAUUCCGACCUCCGCUCCGCCGCCUACGAGAUCUUCCUCGCCCUCACCCGCACUUCCUCCGCCAAGCCCCUCUCCACCGCCGCCACCACCGACCCACCUAACCACCACCACAACCAUUUGCCUCACUCCCCCAACUCCAGCUCCAACUCCAACUCGUCUCCGUCACUCCAGCGCUCACUCACUUCCGCCGCCGCAAGCAAGAUGAAGAAAGCUCUUGGCUUGAAAUCCCCAGGCUCCGGCUCCAAAAAGAGCCCCGGGUCUGGGUCUGGCUCUGGUCAGGGCAAGUCGAAGAAGCCAUUGACGGUCGGUGAGCUGAUGAGGAUUCAAAUGCGGGUACCGGAGGCUGACGAUUCGAGGGUUCGGAGAGCUCUUCUGCGGAUUUCCGCUGGUCAGGUUGGCCGGCGAAUCGAGACGGUGGUGCUACCGCUGGAGCUUCUGCAGCAGCUGAAAUCCUCCGAUUUCACCGAUCAUCAAGAAUUCGAAUCGUGGCAGAAGAGGACUCUCAAAGUUCUCGAGCUCGGGCUGCUCUCGCACCCUAGAGUUCCGCUCGACAAGUCAAACCCUACCUCCCAGCGGCUGCGGCAAAUCAUCAAUGCAGCUCUGAACAAGCAGAUGGAAACCGGGCGUAACAACGAGUCAAUGCAGAUUCUUCGCAGCGCGGUGACCUCUCUCGCUAGUAGAUCUGAUGGCUCAUCGGUUUUGGACGUUGCCCAUUGGGCUGAUGGGAUUCCGUUAAACCUUCGUCUGUACGAAAUGCUGCUGGAAGCUUGCUUUGAUGUGCAUGACGACACAUCCAUCAUUGAUGAAGUGGACGAGCUCAUGGAGUUUAUAAAGAAGACUUGGACUGUGCUUGGGAUUAAUCAAAUGCUCCAUAACUUGUGCUUUACGUGGGUUUUGUUUCAUCGGUUUGUCGCUACUGGCCAAGUGGAGACGGACUUGUUAGAUGCUGCUGAUGGGCAGCUGCUGGAAGUUGCCAAAGAUGCCAAGACGACAAAGGAUGCUGAGUAUUCCAAAGUUUUGAGCUCCACUUUGACUGCGAUCAUGGGUUGGGCUGAGAAAAGGCUGCUUGCUUAUCACGACACUUUCGACAGUCGAAAUUCCGAGACCAUGCAGAGCAUCGUAUCUCUCGGAGUGGCUGCUGCGAAAAUUUUGGUCGAGGAUAUAUCGAAUGAGUACCGGCGGAGGAGGAAGAACGAUGUUGAUGUUGCUCGUAGUAGGAUCGAUACUUACAUCAGGUCAUCCCUCCGUACCGCUUUUGCUCAGAGAAUGGAGAAGGCUGACUCAAGCAGGCGAGCAACCAAGAACCAGCCGAAUCCACUUCCUGUCCUUGCCAUCCUUGCCAAAGAUGUUGGUGAGCUAGCGGUUAAGGAAAAGCGAAUGUUUAGUCCAAUACUCAAGAGAUGGCACCCAUUUUCAGCAGGGUUGGCUGUAGCCACACUGCAUGCUUGCUAUGGAAAUGAGUUGAAACAAUUCAUUUCUGGGAUAACGGAACUGACACCAGAGGCCGUGCAAGUACUAAGGGCGGCAGAUAAGUUGGAGCAGGAUCUGGUGCAGAUUGCUGUAGAAGAUUCUGUGGAUAGUGAUGAUGGAGGGAAAGCUAUCAUUCGUGAGAUGCCUCCUUAUGAGGCUGAAGCUGCAAUUGCAAAUUUGGUGAAAGUAUGGAUUAAGUCUAGACUCGACAGAUUGAAGGAAUGGAUCGACAGAAGCUUACAACAAGAGGUUUGGAGCCCACAGGCAAGCCAAGAAGGGUUUGCUCCAUCAGGAGUGGAAGUGUUACGUUUGAUAGACGAAACACUGGACGCAUAUUUCCAGCUCCCAAUACCAAUGCAUCCAGCUUUGCUGCCUGACUUAAUGACAGGCCUGGAUAGAUGCCUUCAGUAUUACGCAACCAAGGCCAAAUCCGGCUGUGGAACCCGAAGCUCUUACCUCCCUACCAUGCCCGCGCUAACCAGAUGCGAAACUGGAUCCAAGUUCCAGUGGAAGAAGAAAGACAAGUCGUCAUCAACAACUACAAACGGUCAGAAGAGGUCAAGUUCCCAGGUCGCAACGACAAUGAACGGCAGCAAUGCCACAUCCGGGACACCUCAACUAUGCGUCCGUAUCAACACGCUCCACCGAAUCCGAUCCGAGCUGGACACGGUCGAGAAGCGAAUCAUUACACACCUCCGGAACUCCGAAUCAGCAGAAGCACAUGACUUCUCAAACGGACUGGCCAAGAAGUUCGAGCUCACACCCUCUGCCUGCGUUGAAGGAGUCCAGCAGCUCAGCGAGUCACUCGGCUACAAAGUCGUUUUCCACGACCUGAGUCACCUCCUAUUCGACGGGUUAUACAUCGGAGAGCCAUCGUCCUCAAGAAUCGAGCCUUGCCUCGAGGAGCUUGAGCGGAACCUGACGAUCAUCUCGGACAUUGUUAACGAGAAGGUUCGUACCCGGGUCAUUGCAGAUGUAAUGAGGGCAACGUUCGACGGGUUCUUGCUCGUGUUGCUCGCUGGUGGGCCCUCUCGCUGCUUCACUCGUCAGGACUCUGCGAUAAUCGAAGAGGACUUCAAGUCUCUGAAGGAUCUGUUUUGGGCCAAUGGAGAUGGCCUACCAGCAGAACUGGUAGAUAAGUUUGCAGCCACAGUGAGAGGCGUUCUGCCAUUGUUUAGGACCGAUACGGAGAGCUUGAUUGAGAGGUUUAGGAGGGAGACACUGGAGGCGUAUGGUUCAGCUGCGAGAUCGAGGCUUCCACUUCCUCCGACCUCUGGGCAGUGGGAUCCGACCGAACCAAACACCAUUCUUCGCGUGUUGUGUUAUCGGAAUGAUGAUGCUGCGUCGAAGUUUCUUAAGAAGACCUAUAACUUGCCAAAGAAGCUCUAGUUGGCUUCAAGUUGGGUUCUGGGAAAUGAUCGCCGGAGGUAUUGUACAGAACAUUGUCGGUCAAUCGAUGGAGUGAGUUGAUCUUCUGCUGUUUAUUAUCUGCGAAUUCUUGCUUUUCUUUUUUAUCCCUUUACUGUCAUUGAGUGAGUUGAUUUUUUUACCUGGUUUCUGAUGGCCGGCAGCAUAGUGUUACAGUAUAUAUUAUAACCAAAUUAUACUUAUCAUUCUUUAAUUAGCUAUCUAUUAUAGUGGGGAGAAACUAUAUUUGGUUCUUGGAUUGUGAUGAUUUACCAUAAGAUUCAAUUCGCGAUGCAUGCAAAUUGUGACGGUUUGCCAACUUGUUAGCUGUAACUUAGAAAUCAAAGCUGCAGGAUUACCAACCAGUUCAAAGUAUAAUAACAGAACUGUGAUAUAUCUGAUUGUUCGUUGAUAUAAGAUCUAACUGAUGUAAUCAAUCAUUAUAUGUUGC